AUGAAGCAGCCUCUCGCCUCCGCCGCAACGGCCCUCCUGGCCCUCCUCCACGUCUACAUCAUGGUGCUCGAAAUGUUCCUCUGGACGACGACGACGGGCCGUCGGGCCUUUGGGCUGACGCGGCAGAUGGCGGACCAGACGCGCGUGCUCGCCGCCAACCAGGGCCUCUACAACGGCAUCCUCGCCGCCGGUCUCGUCUGGGGCCUCGUCCAUCCCGUCGCCGAGUUUGCCGUCCAGGUACGGCUCUUCUUCCUCGGCAGCGUCGUCGUCGCCGGCCUGUACGGUGGCGCGACGGCCUCGAGGACCAUCUGGGUCGUCCAGAUGCUUCCGGCCCUCUUGGCCUUGGCCCUCGUCCACUGGGAGCUGUGA